AUGUGUUUGUGGUCGAGCCCCAGAGCCACGUUUAGACUGACUGCUCGUUACGGAGUCUGUGCUCGUUACGGAGUCAGUGCUCGUUACGGAGUCUGUGCUCGUUACGGAGUCUGUGCUCGUUACGGAGUCAGUGCUCGUUACGGAGUCAGUGCUCGUUACGGAGUCAGUGCUCGUUACGGAGUCAGUGCUCGUUACGGAGUCAGUGCUCGUUACGGAGUCAGUGCUCGUUACGGAGUGUGUGCUCGUUACGGAGUGUGUGCUCGUUACGGAGUGUGUGCUCGUUACGGAGUCUGUGCUCGUUACGGAGUCAGUGCUCGUUACGGAGUCAGUGCUCGUUACGGAGUCUGUGCUCGUUACGGAGUCAGUGCUCGUUACGGAGUCAGUGCUCGUUACGGAGUGUGUGCUCGUUACGGAGUCUGUGCUCGUUACGGAGUCUGUGCUCGUUACGGAGUCUGUGCUCGUUACGGAGUCUGUGCUCGUUACGGAGUCUGUGCUCGUUACGGAGUCUGUGCUCGUUACGGAGUCUGUGCUCGUUACGGAGUCUGUGCUCGUUACGGAGUCUGUGCUCGUUACGGAGUCUGUGCUCGUUACGGAGUCUGUGCUCGUUACGGAGUCUGUGCUCGUUACGGAGUCUGUGCUCGUUACGGAGUCUGUGCUCGUUACGGAGUCUGUGCUCGUUACGGAGUCUGUGCUCGUUACGGAGUCUGUGCUCGUUACGGAGUCAGUGCUCGUUACGGAGUCUGUGCUCGUUACGGAGUCUGUGCUCGUUACGGAGUCUGUGCUCGUUACGGAGUCAGUGCUCGUUACGGAGUCUGUGCUCGUUACGGAGUCUGUGCUCGUUACGGAGUCUGUGCUCGUUACGGAGUCUGUGCUCGUUACGGAGUCUGUGCUCGUUACGGAGUCAGUGCUCGUUACGGAGUCUGUGCUCGUUACGGAGUCUGUGCUCGUUACGGAGUCAGUGCUCGUUACGGAGUCAGUCACAUCGCACCGUGGAGUGGGCGCUUCUAUUCACUCUGGGACACGGGUUAUGCUAAGAUCCACAUCCCGAUCAUUGCCUCGGUGUCGGAGCACCAGCCGACCACGUGGGUUUCCUUCUUCUUCGACCUCCACAUUCUCGUCUGUACGUUUCCCGCCGGGCUCUGGUUCUGCAUCAAGAACAUCAACGACGAGAGAGUUUUUGGUGAGAACCAACAACACGCUUCAGAAUCUGUGUUUUAG